CGAUCCUCGGGCUGGUCGCGACUGGAGCAGCGUUCGCGCGAGCGGAAGUCGGUGCGCGAGUUCGGCCGUCGCGACGGACAGUCGCGGAAGGAGAGACGCGCGAGACCUGCCCGCGCUGAGGGCAGCGCGUCGUUCCUUCGUCGUCGCUCUUGAACGUUUUCGCACGAAACCCUUCGCGCCGAGGUCGGCAAGACUCGUUCGAUGGGAACGCUCCGGAAUGAGAAAAGAGAACGAGACGGAGGACCUGUGUUGAUCGGAUGCGACUUGAUCGCGACGGCGAACGACGGGAAAGCGCGCACACGUGUAAGCUCGCUCGGCAAGCCUUUCGCGCGGAGGAACGCACCAAUCGCCGGCCAGAUCCGAGACGUCUCCCCCGAAUAUUGUUCCUCCCGUCAUUAUCGGAUCCUUAUUGAAAAAAAAAGGAGAGAAAAGAACUGAGUAAAAAGCAACGUCCGAGAGAGACUCUCGUCGCGAAACUCUCUUUUUCUAUUCGAUGUCCAUUCGAGGUGCGCGACGUUUAUUUCAUUACACGGCGAAGCGCAACGAGGCGAGUAGACCCGUCGAUCGCGCGCCGGGGUGCCGGAAUAUCAACGGGAAGUACGGGCAUGAUAUCCUGGCAAGUGAGGCUCUGUCGCGAGUGUUUCGUUAAUUAACACGAGAUCGAAAACAGGGACAGGAGGAGAGAAGGAGGGCUUGCUCGCCAUACAGGGGAACAUCGUGGAAGGAGGAGCCGACGGAGGCCGCAGUCAGUCACGAUGGAGAAUGCGCUAUUCGGAUGGCGGAAGAGAACGCGACCGAGGAGGAUGUGUCUGGAAUCAGAGCGAGCCACCGAGACAAGCCCGGAAUCCACGCAGGAGACUGCGGAUUACACGCACAAUAGGCGCCCAAGGAGUUCAAGGAAUGAGAGAGGAGAGAGGAUUCCCUGCGACUAUUUCGAUCAUUAGUCGAACGAUAACAAUCACUGUCGAGGAACAGUUCGAGUGUGUCAUUUCCGUAAUGAUCCAUCCGAGAAAUCAGAAGAUCCUGGAGACUAACAGUUCAUUGCGGAUUGUUCUCGUCAACCAGAGUUUCAAUCUUUCUUCGUGGCGACGUGCAGACGCGCGUGUAUGUGUGUGUACUUUUUUUAUUUAAUUUAAUUCGUCAGCGACGGUUUUGCUUUUAAUGCUCGCAGUGGUAAAUUAAAAAGUCGAAAACGCUUUGACAGAAAAAGAGGAACUAACAAAAGAGGAUUAACCACGACGGCGACAGCGACGGUGGCGACGACGGCGGCGGCGGUAACUUUUUUCGAUAUAAAUAUGUAUGCCGGCAAGCUACACUAUAAUCCGCAAAGCGCUAAU